GAGGAGGAGGAGGAGGAAACCGGGGGAGGCGGCGAGGAGCUCCCCCACUUGCGAAUAAGAACCGCGCCGCACCGGAGGAGAGUUCCUUUGCUGGGCAGGAAUGGCGAAGCCGGAGCACGUGAAAUAAACAAGCAGCUCCCGGAGCUCUCCUGCCUCCCCACCCAGACGGAGGUUUUUCCGUCCGAGAGGCCAACAUGAUUCCGCCCAGCGAAGCAACAGAAGUCAGCCCGGAGGACGUGGAGAAGGACCGCGACCCGGAGAGCCCCGAGCAGCCGCCUUCGCCUGCCUCCACCACCAGCCAGGAAUCCAAGCUCCAGAAACUGAAACGAUCGCUGUCUUUCAAGACCAAAAGUUUACGGAGUAAAAGUGCAGACAACUUUUUCCAGAGGACAAACAGUGACAUGAAGUUGCAGGUAGAUUUGCUAUCAGAAAUCAGCCCCAGAACUGGCCAGCUCUCAACCUCUGAAAGUCAGACAUCUACUCCCACCAUAGUCCAACACCAACAGGAAAGCAACAAGACUCACAUUUUCCAGGAGCACAUAUUCAAAAAACCUACGUUCUGUGACAUCUGCAACCACAUGAUUGUAGGGACAAACGCUAAACAUGGACUGCGCUGCAAGGCAUGCAAGCUGAGCAUUCACCACAGAUGUGCAGAGGGCAUUGGACAGCAACGCUGCAUGGGCAAACUGCCCAAAGGUUUUCGCCGUUACUACAGCUCCCCACUACUCAUUCACGAGCAGUUUGGCUGCAUCAAAGAAGUAAUGCCUAUUGCUUGUGGCAAUAAGGUUGACCCUGUCUAUGAAACACUUCGCUUUGGAACUUCCUUAGCCCAGAAAAUGAAGAAAGGCAGUUCUGGGAGCAGCUCAGAUUCACCAAAAAGGAACUCUACAUCAGAUUUGGCAGAAGUUCCCGAGGAAGGUGAUAGUCCUGGAAGCGUAUUGGACAUAACCAGGAAACGCAGCAAUAGUGUGUUCACAUACUCAGUAAAUGGUACCAUGGACUUUGGAGAUGAACCGAAGAAAAUAAACUCCAUGCUGCAGGGAUCUCUCAGUAAAGAUGCAGUACAGACAAAUGCCUAUGUUGCCUUGUACAAAUUUGUACCACAAGAGAACGAAGACUUGGAAAUGAGGCCAGGAGAUAGGAUCACACUUCUGGAGGACACAAAUGAGGACUGGUGGAAGGGGAAAAUAGAAGACCGAGUUGGCUUUUUCCCAGCAAAUUUCGUUCAAAGAGUACAGCAAGAUGAGCAUGUCUUCAGGUGUAUCAGAACGUUUAUUGGAUGCAAGGAGCAGGGGCAGAUAACCCUGAAAGAGAACCAAAUCUGUAUUACUUCAGAAAAGGAACACGACGGCUUUAUCAAAGUAUGCAGUGGAAAGAAAAAGGGCUUUGUCCCCAUAGAUGCCCUAGAAAACAUCUGAGUUUUCCCUGUUCAACCACUGCAGUUGUGAUGCUUUGCUGGCAAGACCUGCCUGCCUCAUCUUGCACUGUGUAACCCCCAACGAAGCUGUCUUGCAGAUGACCAAGGAAAUCAUAUGACAACCACAAUGAUCAGUUGAUAUCAGACAUUUAAGCAACAAGAGAUGGUUGGUCAACAACAAUCAGAAAUGGAGCCAGACAAGAGUGGUCUGAGGCUUAGGAAAGGAAUAGCUUGUUUACUUUUUAAAAUAAGUGAAAAGUUAAACUGGAUAAUUUUUUUUGAGCAAGGCUGCUAACUAUUACUGAUGGGAACAGACAACUAAACUUAGAUUUGCACCCUGUUCACGUGUCUUAAGAAAACUGUUUGGGACUUCUUUCUCAUUUGAAGUGUGAUUGAAUGAGUAAGGGUUCAGACCUUUCCCUUGUAUUACUACAGCUUGAAGUAUAUAGUGUGAGUCCUAAAAUGUUGUCCAUGAUUUUAGCGAAUCAACAUAAUGUUUGGUUCUGACUUUUUUCAGUUUCAGUAACAAGGCAGUUUGGAUGAAUUGUGGAGCUGUUGGUUUAGGAAACAGUCUGUGGUCUGGACUUCUCUGUGAUUUUUGAUAUAUGUUGCUGUGGCGAUCUUGUACGUCCUUUGGGUUUCUUGUAUACAAGCAAAGAUUUCAGCACAUGUUGGAUGUAAAUGUUUAAACAGCUGGUGAACAAGCACUGUUUCGCCAAAGCAGGCCUAGUCCGAAAUAGUCUUUCCUUUUCCUUCUCUAGGAAAGAGGCACCUCUCAGAAACAAGAAACUGGGUUGCAGAAUUUUUCUAUUUUUCUGAUAUUGUUUGAGCAUAUUUUUAAUAUAUGUGUGUAUAUAGCAUGUUCCUGUUUUUAUGGUUAACCAAUUUCAUUUCACAACAGGGGGGAAUAGAUUCUAGCUGACAAAAAACACUGAGUGGAAUAAAAACAUACUGAGCCAAUACAUUUGUGAACAAAUGCAACCAAAUUCAAAAGACCAAAGGUGUUAGCAAUUCACCUUGAAGUACAUGUCAGAAACAAUCCAACAUAAAGUUAGGCACAUUUCAGCUUCUUGACUUACAAGACUUAAGCACGCCUAGUUUUGGAAUCUGGCCACAGAUGGAAACUGCAACUAUAAAACCAGAAUUUCACCCACUGUUUCAAAUUGUGGUUCAACAAGCAAUCUAGUCAGACAUCAAGGAAUCAUCCUUGAGGCUGUGCAGAAUUUAUGGGCCUGUGCAGAAUUUACAAGGUACACAACAAUUCAGAUACUUAAGUAACAAGCAAUCUAUCGUUGCCCAACGUUUACUGUUUUAAGAAUUCCAAGCCCCUCUCAUUCUUCUUUUUAUAAAUCAACUACUGUAUCUAGAACAGGCUUUGGCAAUGUUUUCUGCCCGUGGGCCAGAGGAUUCCCACAGACUAUCGUCCGUGGACUGGACAUAGGCCACACAGGCGCAGAAGCGAUUUCCGGUGCCGCGCUGCCCAUGUCCCAAUAACACCGGAAAUGGCUUCUGCGCAUGCCCGCGGCUGCGCAGAAGCGAUUUCCGGCACUGCAGACAUUUUGGAAAUGGGCAGCACAGCACCAGAAAUGGCUUCUGCACAUGUCCACGGCUGAGCAGAAGCGAUUUCCGGUGCUGGCUGCCAAUUUCUAAAAUGUCUGCAGCGCCAGAAAUAGCUUCUGCGGCUGCGUAGACACGAUUUCUGGCGCCGCUCGGCGAGUCCCUGCGCCGUGCUGCACCGGUUUACCGAAGCACGCGGGGGACUUGCCGAGUAGGCAGCUCGGUUCACAGGCGGCCCGUGGGCCGGAUAAAUGGCCUCCAUGGGCCAGAGGUUGCCGAUGCCUGAUGUAGAAAUUCCCCUUUGAACAAGUUUUACCAGCAUGUUUAAAACGUGCACAUAAUCUCAAAGGCAAUAUUAGGGAAGGAAAAGAAGGGCAUGAGAGUUACACUUGUACAGGAUGAAAGGGUUGCAGACAAUGACCGUUUCCCCUUAGCCAAUUGAGCAUUUUAUUGUGUGUGACAACUCCACAGAACAUCAUGUGCCGCCCAUAAAACACUUCAGCUGAAGAACAGGGUUGGCUAACCUGAGGCCCAGGAGAUAUUGCUGGACUGCAACUCCCAUGAUCUCUGACCACGAACUCUGCUGGCUGGGGCUGAUGGGAGUUGGAGUCCAAGAACACCUGGCAGUUAACCAAAGGGUAGCCACCCCUGCUGAAGAAAAACAACAGUUGUACACUUCUGAAAAGUUGCUUAGCUUGCGACUCUUAAGCAAGAAGCAGGUGGCUGUAUUCCAGUACCUCUGAGUACAUCUGUUCAACCUUCACCUCUUGCCUUGCACGCCAAUCUGUGGCUGAAUCCCAGUGUGUAUUUGCUACCAGAGAUGGUGCAACUGGGACGUUCAGGCCCACUUUUUUGUACUUAGCAAAGGGCUCCUGUGUCUAGCAUAUACUCAACUCUUUGGAUUUUGAACCUGCAUCCUGAUUCUGCAGUUACAUUUGCCGACAUGGAAGUGCUGAACGUGUGCAUGGCUCAUCUGUACAACAGGAGCCAUAUGUGGGCUUAUAGGUCCAUGUAUAUAUCUGAGUAGCUUGAAGGAGUUUGCCUGUUACUGUAUGGAGUAGAAUUGGACACUGAUGACAACCAUUCCAUCCAUUUUCUAUCUCUUGAACAUGUAAAUAGUAAAGCUAUCCCCCAAAAGAGAAGGGGGAUUCGGCUUCAUAUCUUUUAAUAUAUAUACAAUAUAUAUAUAUUUGCAAUUCCUUUUUUUUGCAUAAGAAAACCAGGCAACUUAAAAUGUAAUCCUAUGCAUGUCUGCUCAGAAGGUAAGUCUCACUGAGUUCAAUGAGGUUUAUUCCCAGAUAAAUGACUAUGGGAUUGCAGCCUUAGUGUUAGGAAACAAAAGUCCCUCAUAACAAAGGGGAAGAACAGCAGGCGCAUUAUCGACACAGCCUCUUUUAUGUCGUGGCUCUAUUUGACAUUUACUGAUCUGAGCAAAGUGGGGCCCUGAAAUGCCUGCCGAAAAAUCAAACUCAGUGCUAUAGUUAGUGUCUUCUGAUCCGCAAAGACUAGGUCAAAUUAUACAUCCAUCCAUCCAUGCUACUGUUUACUUGAAUGCAACAUACUGUGAUUCUGUCCUAUUUCAGUGGCUUCUGUUAAUUUCAAGUCCCUCCUUCAAUCCUGCUUCAUAGGAUAAAGAUGAAUAUUAAUUUCAAUUCACAAUGGCCUUUAAUCAACGUCUCAUUUCUUUUGAUACUAAGCAAUAAAAUAAAGAUUUUUUUAAAGAAAAAAAAUGCCUGAAUUAACCAUACUGUUAUAAACUGAUGCAUAUCACUGUUCUCAUGUUCCUUUGGGUCAUCAAAGAGGCUUGUAUUAGUGC